AUGGUAGAAAUACCAUAUUCAUCCCGAGGCCCAGCUGCGCAGUUCUGGCGCUCCAUCGAUUCUGCCAGCGGCGGUCCCGGUGUCAGCAAUCGGCGUGUAACUCUAAUGGCGGCGACCACCUCAACUGUUGCCGGUGAUGCCACAGCAAUGAGCAGUCCGGGUCCCACGCCGACUACUCCAAUUAGUCACCGUCAAUCUCCCGCUGCUCGCUCCGCUCCUGUUUCUCCAGCGCCUCCGCCCCCUCUGCCACCACCGCCGUCUUUUCCACCCACUAGACAGCAACCGCAUCAGCCUCAUUCUAUCAUGCAUUUCCCUCAUCAGCCUGGCAGUGUCGCCUUGAAUACCACCCAUUCUAUGACGCCAGAUCUUCAAAGCCGUUCAUCGCCCCAAACCUUUCAUCAGGAGUCUCUGUCUGGAAUGGGUCCCAGACAGGGCUCUCUGCCUCGCUCUGAUCGAUCCUCAAACUCAUCUGCUGAUGAGUUCGCUCCCCCCUCGCUGCCUCCGAGACGUAAUCCGCCACCACCACCGCCUCGAAGCGGCAGUGGUUUAUGCACCUCGCAGCCUCUAUCGCCACAGCAACCGCCUCAUCAUCAGCCUCAGCAACAGCAUCAUAAUCAAUGUCUAUCACCGGAUCAAAGGCGUUACUCCGCCGCCGCUGUCGCUGCUCGCCAACGUCCCUCUCCGCCCCAGCGCGCCUCGGUGCAGCCCCCUCCGCCCCCACCACCGCCCCCAGAGGUGGUCUCGGAGUCUGUGGAUUUGGAGGUGACUAACGGUCUGCUGCGCCUCCUCUUCGCUCGGUUUGCGGGCACCGCCGCUCCUUCCGCCGGCAUCGGCACCAGCGUGUCUGCUGCGGAGGGCGGAGCACCCGACCUACGACGAGUGGUGGCGCAUCUGGUCCGCAUCGCUCACACAGAGAUUUAUAUCCAACCGCCAAGUCUGCAAACGCCGCAACGGUGUCUAGAGGCCUCGGUGGGACCUAGUGGUGGGUUGUUGGAAAAAAUGGAGGCGUCGAUUUAUGAACAGGCACCGCCUUCAUCUGCCUCCCAUUUACAUUCUGGGAGGGUUUUCGGAACCGACACGGGUGUGGUGAACACAGUAACAAAAGUCCAAAAAGGGAAUAAUCAAAACGACGAGACAGCCUCUAUCUCCUCUUCCUCCUCCGCCUCUUCGGAUUCAGCAUCUUCUAGCGAUGAGGAAGAGGACGAAGCAGAUGUUGAAGGCGCGGACUGUGACCUCUACGAGGGUGUAGGAGGCAACGCCAGUUCCCAUGGAGCGGGUGCGCCGAGUUCUACCGCCUCCACUCCCCUCUCCGCCCCUAAGGCUGUCUCCCCUGCCAUCGCCAAUGCGUCUGUUUCACAACAGGCAAACUCAUCUACACUACUGACGGUCGCGGAGUUGCAUGCGCUUCCACAGAAUACGACUAUCAAAUGUCUCAAGGCUUCUGCUAUGCAGGCGCUCAUCACACUGGUCUCUGCUUACCAUCUUGACCCGGCACUGCGCCGACGUGAUUUGGACAUAGCUCAACUCUUGGCGCGCAUACAGGUGUACACAAUGACACAGAGCGAACGCGUAGUCGCGGCCCGAGGCGCGGCGGUCGCGGGAGCGGAGGGCCGACUCUCGCCUGACGAUGGGCAGCGCGCCGCGCCCACCCACGUGCCUGUGCCUGAAGUGGCCGCUCUCGUUCGCCUCUCCUUCCAUCCAAAUCAUCGGCAGGCUAUUUGUGAUCUCGGUGGCCUGCAUGCCCUUCUAAGCCUUCUACGAUGGGAGCACGCAUGGUGGCAGUUGCGAGGUGAGCGCGGCCACGUUAACGCCCUCGCCGGCCCAAACAACACCUCCCAGGUGCACUCUACCACCCCGCCUACGAGUGCGGGUUUGGGUGCUGCACCCUUAGGCCAAUCAGCUUCCGCAACGGUGGUAGCUGUGGUGGAGCGCGGAGAGACGGCGGCUGUGACGGGGCCUAUGACGACGGCGGAGGCGAGUUUGGCCCUGCGUCGCUAUAUCUGCGUGGCUCUCACGAAUCUCACCUUUGGUGCGCCCGCUAACAAGGCCUUUGUGUGCAAACGGCGUAGUCAUUUGGAGGCGCUUAUCGCCCAACUGGAGGUUGGCAGUGAGGAGUUGAAACAGGCGAGUCUCUCCUGGUUUAGGUUUUUUCGACGAUUGGAUGACUUGGAGAUCAAAGUGGCAGCAAGCGUGCUACGCAACCUGAGUUGGCACACGGACGCAAGAAGCAAGGCGGCUCUGCGUCGGGCACAGGCGGCCACGCGACUCACCCGUGCAGUGCUCUCGGCACAGCGGGAGGCUACUCUUCGCACCACCCUCAACGCCCUCUGGAACCUCUCCUCUCAUUCCACUGCCAACCGCAAGGCUGUCUCCAGUGUAAACGGAGCUCUUGCUUUCUUGGUAUCAACCCUUGAUGCCAAAAAUCCCAACAAGGACGUGGAAAUUAAAGCCAAUAGUGGAGGCGUCUUACGUAACCUCUGUCCCGUGAUUGUCAAUAGCCUGGAGUAUCGGGCAGUGCUUCGGACGCACAACUGCAUCUCAAUUCUUCUGGAACAGCUACGGACAUCACCAAGCGUUACGGUUGUGGUAAAUGUCUGCGAGGUUUUGGGGGCGCUCUCGGCGACACCCCUUCGUGACGCUAAACCCAGUUCAGCUCUCCUGUUUGAGUCCGCUACCACGGAUCAAGCUCUAAUGAUCCGUCUGGGCGCUCUCGAUAUUCUCCAUCGCCUGGCACACUCUCGUCAUCGCUAUGUUGUCAGUAGUUCCAAACAGGCUCUGGAAAACCUCGAACGAGCCCACGUUCUCAUAAAGAACCAGCGUGUGGUUCCCUACCCUGCCAACACAGAGGCUUCCUCCUUCAAUCCCCCCACCACAACUACCAGUCCUGUCACAAGUAACCAAUCCUCUCCCGGUUCCACUUCUCCUGCUUCACCGGCGGAGCAGGUCUACCGUCGGCGGAUGAGCAAUCGGUCGCACCUACGCUUUGGUCUGCUCUCCGUGGUUCUAGAGACUGACGAUGACUUCGAGGAGGAGGAAGAGAGUAGUGAUGAGGAAUCUAGUAGCGACGAAGAUGAAGAGGAGGGAGCUGAUGAGGUGGAUAGUGUUCCGGAGGAGGAACGAAGCACUGAGUGCUCCUCAAAGGUAUCGGAAGCUGGUGGAGAGGAGGAGGCGGAGUUCAAACUACCAGAGUAUCCUCCCACUCCCGAUGAUCAUCAUGUGAAUACCUCGGUGGAGAAACCGCCAACUCCGCCUCCACCACCUGGCUAUGCUCAAGGGUCAGUGGAAGAGGAGGAACAAGCGUGCGUGUACGCGGAAGAGGGGACACCCUUUGGACCCUCUGCCCGGGCUUCCACGCUUGAUCUACGUUCGCCUCCAAAACCGGAGACUUCUAUUGUUUAUGACAACUUUAUUCCCUCACAACGCCGCUCCGUUCACCCCUAUGUCAACGUCGAUAUUUCAAGCAAAAGCACCGCGCUAAAACAGGUCUCUUCCAGUGAAGUCUCUUCUCCCGGUUUUGAGACUUCUUCCACUGGAGUCGUUCUGGAGACUCCACUCAUGUUUUCCAGAGCUACUUCCUCGUGUAUCUCAUCAGUCGAUUUCGGACCUCUUCCACCGAUUGAGUCAUCACCAGAGAGUGUUUACUCUGUUGCUUUGGAUGAUGAUGAUGGAGAUCCAAAUGAGGCAAUUGCUCUUGGCACGAGUCCUAGUAAUCUUCCCCCUUCAUUGAUUGAUGAUGGAAAGAAAUCCACGGCACUAGAUAACGAGGAAAAGAUGGGUGUGGUGGAGGAGGAGACUCAGAUAAUGUUCGCAGAAGAAGGUUCCCCACUGGACAGCAGUUCCCUUAGUGGCGACCGCGAGUCUGCAGUGGCUGCGCCACCGAUGUGGAGUGCUCCAGAAUCCACAGUGGACAGUGUUCAGUCCUCUCAUAACAUACUUCAGCAGUGCAUCGCUUCGGUGAUGCCCUCUGCUUCAUUGACAACUCAGCAAACAGUCGGUUAUCCAGAUGAUGGUGUAGGUGCUGCAGCCGCUCCCACCGAGGACACAAUGCAGUCCUUCGCAGUAGAAGGCACACCAUUUGUCUUCUCCACAAAGAAUAGUUCACUUAGCGACGUUUCGAUCACGGAUCUGGAAGGCGGUUGCGGAGGCACUUCUGUUUCAUCAGAACUUUCGAAAUCGGCGUCACCAAGACAAUCAAUGUUGAAGGCCGAGGUGUACACAUGCUCUACGGAGGAUGCAAGCUCCGUAAACGAGGCAGAGGAAGAGGAAGGGUCUGUGAACCUUCUCUCCGAAGUCAUCCAGUCGGCGUUACCGAAACAGGGCGGAUAUGCGACAGCGGGAGGACGAACUGAGGUCGUUAAUAUCGAUAGUGCUGAAGACGUUUCGGCGAUGGGACAUAAUAAGACAAUCGGUGGGAGUAAGCUAGUUGCUCCAAGGAUUGGAUUUGGGCACCCCAUGCAACAGAGGAGACCACAAGCUACUGUGGCCCCGAUGCGACAACGAAAUACUGAAGGAGAGCAAACGGUGUCUGCCGAUGAGACCACGAAAUCCGAAGGAAAACAGAGUUGCGGAAGUGAUGCUGACAACUCCUCCUUCUCUUCGCUCCUAAGUAUCGAGUCUGUCGGUGUUGAAACUAGUCUUCUUCAAGAAUGCAUUUCUUCGGCAAUGCCAACACCUAGACUCCCAAUUUCAUCCUCCAGCCGUGGGAUUGUUGAAGCCAAAAUCGCAGAACCUUCUCGACAGCCUUUUGGCUAUUCGCUUCCAGCUCCAUCCGCGACUGCACCAAUCACGACACCGGUCUCACCGCAUUCACAAUCACCUUCUCCACUCGCCGUGUCUGAAAUUGCAACAGGCCAUAGACAGCAGCAAAGUCAGCAACAGCAUCAAGUUCUGCUUCAACCACGCCGGCAUCAGAUGACGUCUAUCAGCAGUAGUAGUGCAGGGGGCAGUGUCAGCGGACUCCGAAGGGCGGGACAUUUUUUAGCUCAUGGUUCCGGCACUGCAGACGCUCAUACCAGCAGGCCGGAGACCACCCAGAUCCAAGUCAACAGCCCUUCCACCAUCGUCGUCACCAACGCCACCAGUCGCCUUGCCCAAAUGGGGAAACAGACGAACGUGAAGACGGUCGUGGGAUCAGCAGUGGCCCCAGCUCGCGACAACGUAGCAGUGCGAGCUCUAAGGGCUCCUCACUUAAUGUCUGGCAUCGCCUCACGAGACAGCGCUAAGACAUCUUCAGGCGCUGCUGCUAUCUCUGUUAGCACCAACAUACCCACUACUGUUUUGAAGCCCUUUGAAGUGGACAAGAAGGGGAAUGAAGACGAGUUCUUCCCACUGCCUCCACCCUCGUGUAACUUUGACGCUGACGAUGAUUCUGUGACUUUGGUGGGCGACAGCAGCCCACCUUGGAGACCGUCUCCACCAUCUACACCAUCUCCCCAUGGCGACAAUACUGUUGAAGAUCAGGACGAUGAGUUGUUGGAUCUCGACGCAGUAAUGAAUCAAUCCGGUGGCAACUUUGAUCUAGAAGAGGAGUCUCAGAAAACAUCUGAACUUCUGCCACUGAAGGACUCGACCACUCCGUUAAGCAUCAAGCCGCCUACCAUGAUAGCACCUAGCAACCGUCAGAUCGCCAGUUCGAGCUCGAGUUUCUUGCGACCACCCACCACGGGACUCCGUAGGCCCGCCACUGGGUUACUCUCCCGUUCAAGACCAACUGCUGCAUCAUCUUUAACCUCCUCCGCAUCAUCCUCGACUUCCGUCUCACCUCAGCGUCCGCCUGGCGUUAGGACCCAAUCGGCCACUCCGUCUCCAUCCGCUAUUAGCGGUAGUUUACCUCAGUCCUCCAAGUUCCACUUGACUGCUUCUUCCACCUCUUUGCCUCGACUUGGAACUCCAUCGACAAGAAGAACACUGACCGAAGGAACGCGGUCACUGGUGGCUAAGCGCUCUAUUUCCGCCACCGGCAGUAUGACCUCUGGCCUCGCUACGCCUUCCCGUUACGCCACCACACCUGCACCAUCGGCGUCGAUGACUACGCGUAGCCUCGGUGUCAGUCAGUCUUGUAGCAUUGGAAACAUGGGAUCAGCGCGUAGUGCACCACGGCCUGGUCUCAAGCCAUCACCGUCCUCCACUCCCACCAUAAGUGUGUCGAAAAAGCCAGCUAUGGCAGCUGUUCCGAAAAAGGUAAUCAGGACGGGAGCUCGCAGCGAGGCACUGGCAGAGGAGAGACAGCAACUGCGUCUCCAGGAGGAAGCAAAAGGAGUCCGUGGAGGGCGCAAGGUUUCUGCCUCAACAGUUCGAAAAUCAAGGAUGACUGAAACCCCCUCUGCCCACCACACUACCCCAGCCAAAGGGAUCAUCCCUUCACCGCAUCUAGCCCCAAUGUCUGUCGUUCGGCAGAAAUCCGGAUUAAACACCAUUCGUCCAGUCAGCCAGACUUCUCUGCCGUCUCCAACACCGACGACGUUGGUCACCGAACGGGCCGCAACGUCCGGUCUGAAACCGCCCGGUUUUUCAUCGUCUUCCCCGAGUGGCUCAGCGCUCCGCCCCCCACAGACACGCAUCGCUAGGCCUCCACCGGCUUCUACGUCACCAACACCAACAUUGAAGACUCCUCCCUCUUUAGCGGUUGUUCAAACGGCGGACCAGUGGAUUGUCCGGCGUGAACUUACCAGCUAG